GUUGAUUCUUCCGGAUCCAGGGAAGCCAGCCGAGCCGCCGGGAUCAUGUCGGACGAGGAGUUGAAAGUUCCCGAGGAAAUGUUCAAAGAGGUCAAAUUUUACGCGGUGGGAGACAUCGAUCCCAAGGUUAUCCAGUUUUUGAAAGCUGGAAAAGCUAAGGAAGUUUCCUAUAAUGCACUAGCUUCACAUAUAAUUUCAGAAGAUGGGGACAAUCCAGAGGUUGGAGAAGCUCGUGAGGUCUUUGAUCUCCCUGUAGUAAAGCCUUCUUGGGUGAUUUUAUCUGUUCGAUGUGGAGCUCUUCUGCCAGUGAAUGGUUUUUCUCCAGAAUCUUGUCAGAUCUUUUUUGGAGUCACUGCCUGCCUUUCUCAGAUUUCAUCUGAAGACCGAAGUGCGCUGUGGGCUUUGAUUACGUUUUAUGGGGGGGAUUGCCAGCUGAGCCUCAAUAAGAAGUGUACUCAUUUGAUUGUACCAGAACCAAAGGGGGAAAAAUAUGAAUGUGCUCUUAAGCGAGAAAGCAUUAAAAUUGUGACACCAGACUGGGUCCUGGAUUCAAUAUCUGAUAAAACUAAAAAGGAGGAAGGAUUUUAUCAUCCUCGUCUAAUUAUUUAUGAAGAAGAAGAGGAGGAAGAAGAGGAGGAGGAGGAGGAGGAUGAAGUCGAAAAUGAAGAACAGGAUUCUCAAAAUGAAGGCAGUACAGAUGAAAAAUUGUCAAGUCCUGCAAGUUCUCAAGAAGGAUCAACAUUAGGUGAUCAGCCAUUUUCACCUAAAUCAAACACUGAAAAAUCUAAAGGGGAAUUGAUGUUUGAUGAUUCCUCAGACUCCUCACCUGAAAAACAAGAGAGAAAUUUGAAUUGGACCCCAGCUGAAGUCCCACAGAUAGCUGCAGCAAAGCGCAGACUGCCUCAGGGAAAGGAGUCUGGUUUAAUUAAUUUAUGUGCCAAUGUCCCUCCAGUUCCAAGCAACAUUUUGCCUCCGGAUGUCCGAAGUAAUUUAAUGGCUUCAGGACAAGGUCUCCAAAGCUCUGAAAGACCAGAAAUGAUGGCUACUUGGAGUCCAGCUGUACGGACAUUGAGAAAUAUUACUAAUAGUGCUGAUAUUCAGCAGAUUAACCGACCAUCAAAUGUAGCACAUAUCUUACAGUCUCUUUCAGCACCUACAAAAAAUUUAGAGCAGCAGGUAAAUCAUAGCCAACAGGGACAUGCAAAUGCCGUAUUCUUUAGUCAAGUAAAACUAACUCCAGAGGCACAUUUGUUACAACAGCAACAUCAGACACAGCAGCAGCAGCAGCAGCAGCAGCAGCAACAUCAGACGCAGCAGCAGCAGCAGCAGCAACACCAUCCAAUUUUACAUCUUCAACCUCAGCAGCUGAUGCAACUUCAGCAGCAGCAGCAACCACCACCACAGAUUUCCCAGCAACCUUACCCUCAGCAACAGCCUCAUCAGUUUUCACAACCACAGCAGCAAGUCCAUCAGCAGCAUCAAUUUCCGCAGCAACAGCUACCAUUUCCACAGCAACAGUUACAUCCUCAACAGCAGCUUCAUCGCCCUCAGCAACAGUUACAGCAGUUCCAGCAACAGCAUGCCCUGCAGCAACAGCUUCAUCAGCUGCAGCAGCAGCAGCUGCAGCACCAACAGUUAGCACAGCUCCAGCAGCAGAACCUGCAACAGCAGCAGCAGCAGCAGCAGCAGCAGCAGCAGCAGUUACAGCAGCAGCAGUUACAACGUCUGCACCAGCAUCAGCAGCAACAGCAACAAAUGCAAAAUCAGACAGCACAACAUUUGAGUCAAACAUCACAGGCCCUACAGCAGCAGGUUCCACCUCAGCAAACACAACAUCACCAGCAGCAGCAGCAGCAGCAGCAGCUGUCACAGCAUCAUCAGCUCUUUGGACAUGAUCCAGCGGUGGAGAUUCCAGAAGAAUGUUUCUUAUUGGGAUGUGUAUUUGCAAUUGCUGAUUAUCCAGAGCAGAUGUCUGAUAAACAGCUGUUGGCAACCUGGAAAAGGAUAAUACAAGCACAUGGUGGCUCUGUGGAUCCUACGUUUACAAGCAGAUGUACACAUCUUCUUUGUGAAAGUCAAGUCAGUAGUAUGUAUGCACAGGCGGUGAGAGAAAGAAAAAGAUGUGUUACUGCACACUGGUUAAAUACAGUUUUAAAAAAGAAGAAAAUGGUACCACCUCAUCGAGCUCUUCACUUUCCAGUGGCAUUCCCACCAGGAGGAAAGCCAUGUUCUCAACAUAUUAUUUCAGUGACUGGAUUUGUUGAUGGUGACAGAGAUGACCUAAAAUUAAUGGCUUACCUGGCAGGUGCCAAAUAUACCGGUUAUUUAUGCCGUAGCAAUACAGUACUCAUAUGUAAAGAGCCAAGUGGUUUAAAAUAUGAAAAGGCCAAAGAGUGGAGGAUACCAUGUGUGAAUGCUCAGUGGCUUUGCGACAUACUGCUUGGGAACUUUGAGGCCUUGCGGCAGGUGCAGUGCAGCCGCUACACAGUGUUCAACCUGCAGGAUCCAUUUGCUCCUACUCAGCAUUUAGUUUUAAAUCUUUUGGAUGCAUGGAGAGUUCCAUUAAAGGUAUCAGCAGAACUACUAAUGGGUAUGAGGUUACCUCCUAAACUGAAACAGAAUGAAGUAACUAACAUCCAGCCUUCUUCCAAAAGAGCCAGAAUUGAAGAUAUACCACCUCCCACUAAAAAGUUAACACCAGAAUUGACACCUUUUGUGCUUUUCACUGGAUUUGAGCCUGUCCAAGUUCAGCAGUAUAUUAAGAAACUCUAUAUUCUUGGGGGUGAGGUAGCUGAGUCUGCACAGAAAUGCACACAUCUCAUUGCCAGCAAAGUGACCCGCACUGUAAAGUUCCUGACAGCAAUUUCUGUAGUAAAGCAUAUAGUAACUCCAGAAUGGUUAGAAGAAUGUUUCAAAUGCCAGAAAUUUGUUGAUGAACAGAAUUUCAUGCUCCGAGAUGCUGAAGCCGAGGUGCUCUUUUGUUUCAGUUUAGAGGAGUCCUUAAAGAGAGCACACGUCACACCACUUUUCAAGGCAAAGUAUUUUUAUAUUACACCUGGAAUCUGUCCUAGUCUCUCCACCAUGAAAGCUAUUGUAGAAUGUGCAGGAGGAAAAGUAUUAUCUAAGCAGCCAUCUUUCCGUAAACUCAUGGAGCACAAGCAAAACAAGAGUUUGUCAGAAAUAAUUUUAAUAUCCUGUGAGAAUGAUCUUCACUUAUGUCGAGAAUAUUUUGCAAGAGGAAUAGAUGUUCAUAAUGCAGAAUUUGUUCUUACUGGAGUGCUGACACAGACAUUGGACUAUGAAUCAUAUAAAUUUACUUGAUGUUAUCUGAAAUGUGACCUUUCUUCAGAGCCUUUGGAGCACAAAAUCUGGCUGUCGUAGCUACCGGAUAAAAUUAACCAGUGCUUCCUGCAGAUGCUCUCGUUUUCCAGCUGCUUUCUUUAGGUGGCAAGCCAUUUAAAGCAGGAAAACAAAAUACCUGCAUCUUAUUAAGAUGUGUAAUUUUAUUCUGAGGAAACAUAAAUUAUUAUGUUUUGUAUUAUAUGAAUUUAAGAGCCCACAUUAGGUUUUAUGAUUCCUUUGCCAGUUUUUAAAAUGUUUUUAUAACUGGUAUAGAACUUCAACCAAAAGCAAAAUAUGGGUGUAAAUAAGGGCCUUGCUAUCUCUUUAAAUUAUGAAUGUUGAAAAAUUAAAAUGUUUUGUACUUUGAUUAUUUUUAUUUCUUACACUGUUUUCUUUUAUAUUGAUA